GUCGCCAGCCUGCCGGCCGCGCCCCUGGCCAAGCCCGGCAGCGUGCGGCCCUUCCCCAGCGUGCGCGACAGCCUGCGCCUGCCGGUGGCCGGCAGCCUGGCGGUGGGCUUCGGCGAAAGGCCCAGCGGCGACAUCGACGGACGCGCCCGCGGGAUCUAUAUGGAAACCAGACCGGGGGCGCAGGUGGUCGCGCCCUACGACGGACAGGUGGCCUUCGCGGGGCGGUUUCGGCGCUAUGGGCUGUUGUUGAUCAUCGAACACGACGGGCGAUACCAUAGCCUGCUGUCGGGACUCGAGCGGAUCGACGCCGUCGUGGGUCAGUGGGUUCUGGCGGGCGAGCCCGUCGGGGUGAUGGGCCAGCGGGGCGGCGGCCUGGGCGGCGACACGGACGGCGGCAACACGGACGGCGGCAGCGCGGCGGGCAGGGGGGCGCCACGCCUCUACUACGAGCUGCGGCUGAUGCGCUUUGCGAAAACGGCGGUCGCGGCCGCCAUCUGUGCCGUGGUCCUGCUGCCGGCGGGCGCCCAGGCCCAGGAGAGCGACGAGGAAAUCUUCCGGCAGCUCAAGGUCUUCGCCGACGUCUUCGAGCGCGUGCGCGCCGAAUACGUCGAGGAGGUCGGCGACGAGCAGCUCAUCGAGGCGGCGAUUCAGGGCAUGCUCAGCGAUCUGGACCCGCACUCCAGCUACCUCGACGCCGACAGCUUCAAGGACAUGCAGGUGCAGACCCGCGGCGAGUUCGGCGGGCUGGGCAUCGAGGUCACCAUGGAGAACGGCGUGGUCAAGGUGGUCUCGCCGAUCGACGACACCCCGGCCUUCCGCGCCGGGAUCGAGGCCGGCGACCUGAUCACCCACAUCGACGGCGAGCCGAUCGUCGGCCUCGACCUCUCCGAGGCGGUGGACCUGAUGCGCGGGCCCGUCGGCACCUCGAUCUCGGUCACCGUGCGCCGCGGCGACGAGGAGCCCUUCGACGUCACCAUCGAGCGCGACAUCAUCACCGUGCAGUCGGUGCGCUCGCGCGUCGAGGGCGACAUCGGCUACCUGCGGGUCACCGCCUUCAACGAGCAGACCAUGCCCGGCGUGGAGGAGGCGGUCGCCGGCUUCAAGGAGGAGCUGGGCGACGCCUUCGGCGGCAUCGUGCUCGACCUGCGCAACAACCCCGGCGGCCUGCUCGACCAGGCGGUGUCGGUCUCCGACGCCUUCUUGGAGCGCGGCGAGAUCGUCUCCACCCGCGGCCGCUACGAGGAGGACUCGAGCCGCUACAACGCGCGCGCCGGCGACCUGCUCGAGGGCCUGCCCAUGGUGGUGUUGAUCAACGGCGGCUCCGCCUCCGCCUCGGAGAUCGUGGCCGGCGCGCUGCAGGAUCACCGGCGCGCCAUCGUCAUGGGCACCAAGUCCUUCGGCAAGGGCUCGGUCCAGACGGUCAUGCCCCUGGGCAGCGCCGGCGCCAUGCGGCUGACCACGGCGCGCUACUACACCCCCAGCGGCCGCUCCAUCCAGGCCAAGGGCAUCGACCCGGACAUCAUCGUCGAGCGGGCCCGUCUGGAGGCCAUCGAGGGGCCGGAGCGGCGCAGCGAGGCGGACCUGCGCGGCCGCCUGGAGGCCGAGGAGGCGCCGCUCGAGGGCGAGGCGCCGGACGCCGAGGGCGCGGCCGAGGAGCCCCAGGACGAGGCGCUGGUCGACUACCAGCUCGCCCGCGCCCUCGACCUGCUGCGCGGCCUGUCAGACGUGCCGCGCCGCAGCAAGACGGACGACAAGGCCGGCCCAGGCGGGACCGAUCGGAUGAUCGGUCCCGCCGGCGACGGCCCCAUCGGCAGCGCCGCCCCGCCGCGCCGCCGGCGGCGCAGCCCGGCCGGCCGCCUGCUGCUGGCCGCCUGGUUGCUGCUGAUCGGCCUGCUGCUGGCCGGCGGCGGCUAUGUCUUCUGGCCGGAGAUCGCGACGACGGCGGAGCGGCAGAUCGCUGCCCUGACCGGCGCGCCGCCGCCGCCGCAGGCGCCGGUCGAAGUGGCCGAACGCUCGGUGGUGCCCGGCCAGGGCGCGGGGUCCGACGCGGGGCCCGACGCGGCCUCCGACGACGCCUCCGACGACGCCUCGGACGACGCCCCCGAGGACGCCUCCGAGGAGGCCCCCGCGGCGGGCACGGACCGGGGCCCGGCCGAGGGGCCCGACCGACCGGGGCCGGCGGAGUCG